ACCGCCUCCUUUUUGGAAACGAAACCUAAGGGUGGGCUGUGUUGCAGAAGUCUUUCACUUUUCCACUGCUUCAGAGCACAGACGCUGCAGCUCAACAAACUUGCGUGAUUCCGUUUGGGACAAUGGCCUUUAAUCAGCAGGCACCUUUCUACAACCCAAGAAUCCCCUUCACUGGAUCAAUCCAAGGUGGUCUGCAAGAGGGGAAGUCUAUCACUGUCAGUGGCCGAGUCCUGCCUGGGGCUGACAGGUUUCAUGUGGAUCUACAGUGUGGUUCCAGGGCUGGUGCAGACAUCGCUAUCCACAUUAACCCACGCUAUGAAAGUCAGCAUUAUGUGGUCACCAACAGCUUCCAGUAUGGCAGCUGGGGCUCCGAAGAGAGAAAGUACACCUCCCCUUUCCCUGUUGGCUCCCCUUUCACCCUAGUCAUUACUGUCACCCGUGACUCCUACCAGCUGAGCGUCAAUGGCUCUCACUUUAUGGACUACAAACAUCGCCUCCCAAUUCACCCGGUUGACAGCAUUUCAGUGGGUGGAAAAGUGGAAAUUUCAUCCAUUGCCUUUCAGAACCCUGUGCUAGCCUUUCCUUCUCAGCCUGCAUUUGCUUCACAAGUAGCCUUCCCCCCCCAGGCUGGAUUCCCUUCAUAUCCAGCAUUUGCUCCUCAACCUGGAUUUCCAGCACAGCCUGGAUUUCCUCCUGCAGCACCAGCUGUUCCAUACAGGGCUGCCAUCAGUGGUGGACUCAGACCUGGCAGGACAAUCACAAUCCAGGGAUCUGUGCAACCGAGUGCCACAAGGUUCCAUGUGAAUCUUAGCCACCAGUCUGGCAUCGCACUGCAUUACAACCCACGUUUUAGUGAGAAUGUUGUGGUUCGAAAUACUAAGCAGUGGGAGCAGUGGGGCGCUGAGGAGCGUGGUGGUGGCAUGCCUUUCCACCGGGGUCAGCCUUUCACGUUGACCAUAUGUUGUGAAGCUCACUCCUUCCGAAUUGUGGCCAAUGGGAUGCAGACCCAUAACUACAAGCAUCGUUUCACUCCCCUGCAUGCUGUUACCGCCCUGGAGAUCGAUGGUGACAUCACCCUGACCUCUGUGAUUGUGUAGAGCUGGAGGACCUGUGGCUGCUGGAGAUAUGUUUCCCUGACCACAGCCAACAAACAACACAGCCAUUGCAUUUAAUAAAAUUGUGCUAAUUGCUUAUUUGGUUAUGUAAUGCAUAUUGUAUAAUCAACGCCUGUGCAUUCAUUUUAUAAUCACUUAAUUUUGUAAUAUUUUAUGCUUUGCAUUUCUUAAACAUAUUCACUCUUAAAGGAAACAUCCAUUAACCAUUGGCUUUAGUUUAUAAAUUAAGUCCUAAAUUCACUCGCCUAGACUUUGCACAUCCAUUCUGUUCAAUUCAGACAAAGAAUAACUAUACACCAAAAGAGGAAACAUCUCAGCCAGAUGUAACACUUGGAUUUCACUCAACAUCAGAAUAAAACUGUCUACUUGGAAGUUGGAAUUGCAACCAGUUUUGUAUGUGGUAUAUAUAUGCCUGUAGUAAACAGUAUGCAAACAUGGCCCUUAAAUACCUACCAACAAUGAAUGAUUAAAUGAAAUGGAAAAAAAAAUGACA